GGAGCGCCCGAGCAGAGCGGUGGGGAAGCCACCAGUGGUAGAGCUGGCAAAGACGGAAAAGAGGGAAAGAUAGAGGAGAUAGACAAGAGACGGAGAGGAAACGGGAACACAGCCCGAGACAGAGCGUUUCACCUCGUUUCACCGUCCGCCACCACACGCCACUUUAACCCCUGACAGCAGCAGAAUAACUGAAGAGUGUAUGUGACUGGCCUUUUUUCCCCUUCUUCUCUUUUCUUAUUUCACAACCGAGGGCAGGGACGUUAACACAGCCGCAGUGAUCCCAUCAUCCAAACCCUUGUUGACUGCCUCGCUUGCUUUAUCCAGAGGGAUGCCCUAUUGAUUCCUACUUUCUAACAAAGCCCAUGGAUUACAGCAAGGGUGUUGAAAAGGCCUUGAUCACAGCUGCAUCACCACUAUGACAUAUUUCAAGUCAAAAAGAGCCCAAGUUGAAGACUGACUGAUUUUUUUUUUGUGGGGGACAUCCAUCUUACUUUUUUUUUUUUUUUUUAAAUUUUGAGCAUGUUUUUCUUUGAUUAAGUUGAUUUACUUGUUCGAUCAUACACAUCUCUGUAGUGCACGCCACUCUUCCUGUCACCAUGUACGGCAGUUCCCGUUCCGUCUCAAAGCUGGAUGUUGUUGGAUCCAAUGGGAACGGGUCAGCAUCUGGGAGUCCCGGUCGCUCCCCACGCCUGCCUCGCUCCCCACGUUUAGGACACCGGCGAAACAGCAGCAGCAGCUCCACUGGAGGACUUACAGGCACUGGUAAAACCUUAUCCAUGGAGAAUAUUCAGUCUAUUAAUGCUGCCUAUGCAACUGGUGCCAUGUACUUCACUGACACAGCUGAAGACCCGGUCGGCAUUGGGAGUCUGAGCAGUGGGUUGAAUCCCUCGCUGCCCAAAAGCACCAUGACCCUGGGGAGGGCUGGGGCCAGGGUCCCCUAUGGGGUCAGAGCGGCUGUAAUGGGGAGUAGUCCUAAUAUAAACUCUGGAGGAGGAGGAGGAGGUGGAAGUGGAGCACUUGUACCCAGUGAUGCAAUAGCGUUCGGUGGGGAAAUGCAAAACCAGUCUCCACAGGCGGCUACUGUGCCUCACUCUAUGAGACAGGUGAGAGAAGGUGCAAUGUCAGACCUUCAGACUCAGUUGAGAGAAGUGCUGAGGGAGAACGAACUGCUGCGCAGAGACCUAGAGGCCAAAGAGUCCAAGUUGAGUUCUUCUAUGAACUCCAUUAAGACGUUCUGGAGUCCAGAGCUGAAGAAAGAGAGAGCGCUGAGGAAGGAUGAGGCCACAAAGAUGGCUGUCUGGAAGGAACAGUACAGAGUCGUACAGGAAGAGACACAGCAUCUUCAAUGCACCAUCCAGGCUUUGCAAGAUGAGCUCAGAAUCCAGCGCGAUCUCAACCAGCUCUUCCAAUCCGAUUACUCCGGCCUCGGAAGCCAGCCCAUUUCCCCUCAAGAAAUGACAGAGGAGAACUUCUUGCGCCUCCAUGCCGAGUAUGAGAGGCAAGCCAAAGAGCUCUUCCUCCUGAGGAAGACUGUUGAAGAAAUGGAGUUGAGGAUAGACACACAGAAACACACACUAACUGCCAGGGACGAGUCAAUCAAGAAGUUACUGGAAAUGUUGCAGAGUAAAGGCCUGUCAUCUCGGGCAACCGAGGAGGAUCAUGAGCGAACGAGGCGACUCGCCGAUGCUGAGAUGACCAUCCACCAAUUGGAGGGUCUGCUUGAGCAAAAAGACAAGGAGAUGCUACAACUCAGAGAGGAGCUGCACAGGAGAUACGAAGCAGCUCCAGAAUCAACAAAGACCAAGGCCCUGCAGACAGUCAUCGAAAUGAAGGAUGCAAAAAUCAGCUCGUUGGAGCGUGGCAUGAGAGAGCUGGAAGAGGAGGUGAUGAUGCUGAAAUCCAAUGGCGCUCUGAGCAGUGAAGAGAGGGAGGAGGAGAUCAAACAGAUGGAGGUCUACAGAUCCCACUCCAAGUUCAUGAAGAACAAGAUGGAACAGGCCAAGCAAGAGCUGAGCCGUAAGGACAGCGAGCUGCUGGCUCUCAGGACCAAACUGGACACUCUGAACAAUCAGUUUUCUGACAGCAAACAACAUGUGGAUGUACUCAAAGAGUCACUAACCGCCAAGGAACAGAGAGCUGCCAUACUACAGACUGAGGUGGAUGCCUUGCGUCUCCGACUGGAGGAAAAGGAGUCGCUCCUCUCUAAAAAGAGUCAGCAGAUCUCAGAGCUGACGGAGGAGAAAAGCACUCAGCAGGGAGAGAUCACUGACCUCAAAGACAUGAUGGACGUCAAGGAACGCAAAGUUAAUGUUCUACAGAAGAAGAUAGAGAACCUCCAGGAUCAACUGAGGGAUAAAGAAAAACAGCUGAGUGGCUUGAAAGACAGAGUCAAGUCUCUGCAGACAGACACCUCAAACACAGACACUGCACUGGGAACACUGGAGGAGGCUCUGGCUGAGAAGGAGCGAAUCAUUGAGCGGUUGAAGGAGCAGCGGGAAAGGGAGGAGCGGGAAAAGGGGGAGGAAGUGGAGACCAUCAAGAAGGAGCUGAAAGAGCUGAGGGAGAAAGUCUCCCAGCUGCAGGCUGAACUGGCUGACCGUGAGACAUCAGUGUUGGAUCUCAAGGAGAAGGCUUCCUCUUUGGCCUCCUCGACUCUCAAGAAGGAGAACAGGCUGAAAAGUUUGGAAAUAAACCUGGAGCAGAAGAAAGAGGAGUGCAUCAAGCUGGAGAACCAACUAAAGAAGGCUCAGAAUGCAGCGGCAGAGUCUCAGGCCAACACUGAACUCUCUGAGCGGAUCUCCAGCCUUGAGCAGGAAGUGACCCGGUGCAAAGAGGAGGCUGGGAAGGCCCAAUCUGAGGUGGAACGACUUCUCGAGAUCCUCAGGGAGAUGGAGAAUGAAAAGAAUGACAAGGAGAAAAAGAUUCAUGAACUGGAGAGUCUUGCCUCAAGACAGAUGAAGGACCAAUCAAAGAAGGUGGCCAACCUGAAGCACAAGGAGCAGCUGGAAAAGAGCAGGAAUGCCCAGAUGAUGGAAGAGGCCAAGAAGAGAGAGGACAAUCUGAACGAAAGCUCGCUGCAGAUAAAGGACUCUCUCCGUCAGAAGGAGGAGCGCAUUGAGGAGCUGGAGGAAGCGCUGAGAGAAAGCGUUCAGAUCACAGCCGAGAGGGAGGUGGUGCUCGCCCAGGAGGAGCAGGCACGCACACAGGCCGAGAAGCAACUCUCUCACAUUCCAAUGCAUGAGUUCAUCACAAGCGGAUUUAGGUGGUCAAAGGUGGAGGACCUGCUGGUUGCUAUGGAGAAGGUGAAACAGGAACUGGAGGUGAUGAAAGCCAAGCUGUCAUCAACUCAACUCUCACUGGCUGAGAAGGAGGGUCACCUGACUUCGCUGCGGGCCGAGAGGCGGAAGCACCUGGAAGAGGUCCUGGAGAUGAAGCAAGAGGCACUCCUGGCAGCGAUAAGUGAGAAAGACGCCAAUAUCGCCUUGCUGGAACUCUCCUCGUCCAAGAAGAAGAAAACCCAGGAAGAGGUCGCAGCUCUGAAAAGGGAGAAGGAUAGUCUGGUUCAACAGCUCAAACAGCAGACGCAGAACAGGAUGAAGCUGAUGGCCGACAACUAUGAGGAUGAUCAUUUGAAGGUUUCAUCCCCAAACUCAGAGCAGCCCAACAAUCACAAACCCUCCCCAGACCAGAUUCUUUCUCCUCUCCUGGAUCUUAAUCAGAAUCGCAGUAAGCUGAAGCUGUACAUCAGUCACCUGACCUCACUGUGUCAGGAGCGAGACCCAAUCAUAUUGCAAGAUUUUGCCCCGCCCCCCGCCUAUCACCGCUCUGACUCUGCCUCCUGGCAUACGCAGCUGCACAGCAUGACGCAGGAACAGUUGGAGGCGGAGUUAGCACUGUGCGAGAGGGAGGGGGCGGAGCUCCAGGAGUACGCCAAUCAAGUCCUGCAGCAGAUCGCCGACCGAUGCCCUGACAUUUUAGAGCAAGUUGUCAACGCCUUGGAGGACAGCUGCUGACACACUAAUGCACACACACUGGCAGAAAAUGAUUUUUUUUAAAAAGCUUACAUUCAAACAUUUAGUCAUAUGUAAAGUCAGAAGGCAAACAUUUAACACAGCUUGGCCCCAUAAUUCCCCGAUGCACAAAUAAAAUUAGUGCUGCACAUGAAUAGAAAUACGUUCCCAGCCUUCACAGAAAAGUGGAACUGAGACAAAAAAAUCUAAUUAUUAUUGAAAACUGGGCUUUAGUUGCUUUAAUUUUCUGUUUAGAGCACUAUAUCAGCAUGCAAGUCAGCUAGAAAUAAUUGGUAAUCUACAUUUAUUUACAUUACUACCCCAACACAGAAAGAGCCCUCACUGCACCGGCCAUACGCGACACCUUAUAGCGAGCUUCCCAUGUCCUGGGAUUCAACGGGAGGAUUUGUAUUCGUGACUUGGGGCAAAAAGUAUUUUCAAACCUUAACAAAAAGUUGAACAUAAGCUGAGCUUGCCAGGUUCUUACACGCUGUUGCCACAUUAUUGUAUUAGUUCAGAUUCAAAAAUAUGUUUAUUUCAACUGCCUUUGGCUCUUUACAUCAUUUGCUGCUAUCUUUGUAAUUUUUAGGUUCCUUUUUUUUCCACUUUCUUUGUUUUUGUCUGAUGAAAUGUCCUAACAUGCAGUUUCUUUCAGCAGUAUUCUCUAGAUAGUUGUGUAAAUUGUAAAGGGAGCGGUUUAAUUAACACAUACACAACUUUCGUCAGGGGUAACAUGACAUUUUAAUCUAUUGUUUCCCAUUAUUGAUGAAAGGUACAAACUACAGUAAAUAACUCGCAAAACUCCCUUUAUGAAGACACACUGGCAUGGAUGGUCUGACUUUCUGUUUCACCACAGAAAAUCACACGUCUCCUUCAUUUAUGGUGCCCAUGCCAAAAUUAGGUUCAGAUAAGAAAACCCCUUUUAUGACAAUCCCUUUAGCGUUAACAUGAGGUGUCAAGUCUGAACUUUACUCAUUUACCUUUAGUGAAACGUCUUUUUUUCUUUGUUUUGGGAGGGGAGAAAAUAUAAAGUAAAUGUUAUAUAUAUUUUUUUGCUUUUGGUAAUAUAUAUUAAACACUAAUCUUGUUUAACAGAAAGUGUCGUCAUCUGUUGGUUGGUAUGCUAGCAUAUGGUAAUGCGUCAAAGUCUUCUUCUUUUUUUUCCUUGGACACUGUUAUUGAGAAUGUGUAUUGCACCUACAGAAGGCUUUGUGUCCACCGGGAAUAUUUUCUCAGACUCAGUUUCUUGUUCUUGUUGUCUACAGUGGAAAUGACACUGCAUGUCUCCCACAGCGCUGACAGCCUUAGCAUGAUUUAAACUUUUACGGCAGUGAGCACUAGAGGUUCAGAUUGUUUCAGCUUGAAGCAAAAUUUCCUUCUUUUUCCCCCAUCCCUUAUACUGUAUUGAGUGAUGAGGCCAUGACGGGAAUUGUUUAGCGCUGCUUCCUGGUAAGAAACACCUGGUGGACACAAAAUCUAAAGACACAGAUUCACAUUACGCUCUCAAAUCUGACUGGGACGCUCACGAGAAAAAAGGAAAAAACUGCUUUUGUUUGUUGGCACCUGAGCAGCGUUUUAAAAAGCUUAAAGUCACAGGGGUGCAAACGAGAAGCUUCAUUUCAAAGAUACCUGAAAUCUCACACUGGGUUGAAGGUUCCUGAGAUGUCUUUUUUUUUUGUGGUUGUGUUUUAAGAGGGGACCCCAGCAGAUCUGAGUGUGUCGUAAGUUCAGUAUUUGUUGUCUGUUUUAUACUGAUAAUGAUGUUUGUCACUGGGGGUGAUGAUGACUGGGACUCACUUUAAAUUUCUUGUGGAUUAAAAAUCAGAAUGAGAGAGAAUGUAAUAAAAUAUGGAUUUAUCUUUA